GGCUGGCCAAAGCCGGUUGCCAAGGCGACGUCUGCUGCGAAGAUGGCUGCUGCGUCUUCAUCGGAUUCCGACUGCGGCAGAUCUGAGAGCAACGAGGUCAGUUCAAAAUGGCUGGACGCACACUACGACCCCAUGGCCAACAUCCACACCUUUUCCACCUGCCUGGCGCUGGCAGAUUUGCAUGGGGAUGGGGAGUACAAGCUGGUGGUGGGGGAUCUUGGCCCAGGUGGGCAGCAUCCCCGCCUGAAGGUGCUCAAAGGACCCGCGGUGCUGACUGAGAGCCCGUUACCUGCGCUGCCAGCUGCGGCCACCGCCUUCCUGAUGGAGCAGCACGAGACCCGGACCCCAGCUCUGGCACUCGCUUCGGGCCCUUGUGUGUAUGUGUAUAAGAACCUUAGGCCCUACUUCAAGUUCAGCCUGCCCCAGCUGCCUCCAAACCCCCUGGAACAAGAUCUUUGGAACCAGGCCAAGGAGGACCAGAUUGACCCCUUGACACUGAAGGAGAUGCUGGAAGGCAUCCGAGAGAAGGCCGAGGUGCCUUUGUCGGUACAGUCACUCAGGUUUCUCCAGCUGGAGCUGAGUGAAAUGGAGGCAUUUGUGAGCCAGCACAAAUCCAGGUCCGUGGAGCGGCAGACAGUCAUCACCACCAUGACCACCUUGAAGAAGAACCUGGCCGACGAGGAUGCGGUGUCCUGCCUGGUGCUGGGCACCGAGAACAAGGAGCUCCUGGUGCUGGACCCGGAGGCCUUCAUCAUUGUGGCCAAGAUGAGCCUCCCCAGCGUCCCCGUCUUCCUGGAUGUUUCUGGGCAGUGGGAUGUGGAGUUCCGGCUUGCCGCCGCCUGCCGCAACGGGAACAUCUACGUCCUGAGAAGAGACUCCAAGCGCCCCAAGUACUGCAUCGAGCUGAGCGCCCAGCCCGUGGGGCUUGUCCGCGUACACAAGGUCCUGGUGGUGGGCAGCACCCAAGACUGCCUGCAUGGCUUCACCCACAAGGGUAAAAAGCUGUGGACCGUGCAGAUGCCAGCAACCAUCCUGACCAUGAACCUCCUGGAGCAGCGCUCCCGGGGCCUGCAGGCCGUCAUGGCGGGGCUGGCCAAUGGAGAGGUCCGCAUUUACCAUGAUAAGGCCCUGCUCAAUGUCAUACGCACCCCGGACGCAGUGACCAGCCUUUGCUUUGGCCGCUUCGGGCGGGAAGAUAACACCCUCAUCAUGACCACACGAGGCGGUGGCCUGAUUAUCAAGAUCCUGAAGCGAACGGCAGUGUUUGUGGAAGGGGGCGGUGAGGCGGGGCCCCCACCAGCCCAGGCCAUGAAACUCAACGUGCCCCGAAAGACCCGGCUCUACGUGGACCAGACCCUGCGAGAGCGGGAGGCUGGCACCGCCAUGCACCGGACCUUCCAGACCGACCUCUACCUACUACGCAUCCGAGCUGCCCGUGCCUACGUGCAGGCCCUCGAGUCCAGCCUGAACCCUGUGUCUCUGACGGCCCGGGAGCCCCUCAAGCUGCACGCUGUGGUGCAGGGCCUGGGACCCACCUUUAAGCUCACGCUUCACCUGCAGAACACCUCGGCAGCCCGCCCCAUCCUGGGGCUGCUGGUCUGCUUCCUGUACAACGAGGUGCUCUAUGCCCUGCCCCGGGCCUUCUUCAAGGUCCCCUUGCUGGUGCCCGGGCUCAGCUACCCUCUGGAAACCUUUGUGGAGAGUCUCAGUGACAAGGGCAUCUCAGACAUUAUCAAGGUGCUGGUGCUUCGUGAAGGCCAGAGCGCACCCCUCCUGAGUGCCCACAUCAACAUGCCCAUGAGCGAGGGGCUGGCAGCCGCCUGACCCCUGGGCUGGUGAUACGGCCCCUGCAGAAUCAGGACCAGGAAGAUUCAGCCGCCUCCACUGAGCUGGGCAGAGUUAAAGGCCCCUGGCCCAUUCCCUAAGCAGCAGGGUGUUGGGGCCGCAGUUUCCUUCUCCUCUCCUAAGCGUCCCCUUUCUCCCCACCCUGACUGCUGGGUGACCUCUAGCAACAGUGAGUACCCAGGAGGCUCAGCUCCUUCUCUCUCGGGAAAACCCAGGCAUUUGCCCACUGGACUUUGGCCGCUCCUCCAUCCUCCCCACUUUUGUCCAGAAAUCACACCCAGGAAGGAAGAGCUCUGAAGUGGUCCAGGUGAGAUGAGGGGCACAGGCCCAGCCUUCUCCUUUGCUGCUUCGGCAAGUUACCGCUGUGUUGCUGCAGGCCCAGGCCGGAACUGGCUGUGGCCUGGCCUGGGAUAAUCAGGGGCUUUUCCUGGGUGAGACUGAGCCCCCGUUUGCUCCCGGGGUUCCAGAGGCUUGACUGAUGCUGCUCAGAUUACAGGCAAAACACAUGCUCUGAUUUCCUCUGUGAGCUGAACAAGGGGGUCUAGGGAGGAGCAGCCUCCCCACCGGGGCCUUUCCUGAAAUCUUGGGCUCAGCCAGAGUGUCAGGCCUGCAAUGCUCCACGAAGGUCGCCAAGAGAGGAAGUGGUGCCAGGAAAGCAUAGGGUGUCCACGCAGAGAGCUAGUGGCCCCAGAACCCACCAGGCUUCCAAACAACAACUGCCGCUCCUGACUUGGAUGCUCAGGUCCAGAGAGAGCGUCCCGGAAGAGGGAGGCUCAGUUAGAGCAGCGAUGGGGCUGGGGCGCCCAGGAGAGGCGUUUCUGGGCCCUGGGGAGGUGGCGCAGGAGGUAGAAGCCCAGAACUGCUCUUCUGUGCCCUGGAGCCCAGGUCAGUCGCGUAAGUGGAGAGUUUACUGGGCAGUGGUAUUAGCUGGAAAGGCCAGAGGUGUUGAGUGAGGCUGAAGACUCAGGGAAGGCACGUGUUCAGACCACAAGGGCCAGAGACCCACAGUCCUGGACCUUGGUGCCUCCUGAGCCCUGGCCACUGUCCUGGCCCACCUCACAGCCCUCUGUUAGGCUGGUGCUACCAGGGCCACCUUGAGCCACUUAGGAGCCAGGAACCCUGCUCCCUGAGCGCCUGUCUUUUCCUCUGUAUGACCAGGUGCAGCCUAACAUAUGGUAUCAGGAUUGUGGGAAGUCACCAAGUCCUUCUGCGCUUUAGCUUCCCCACAUGUAAAAUGGGGCAGUUUGUGACCAAGUUCAGCUCUAGCAUCCCGUGAGCUUGGCAGCCCCUCUAGAGGAGAAGAGGACUCGACUCCAGAAAGGGGGGAUGUGGGGGGUUGACAGGAGUAACUACGUGAGACCAAGGGCCCCAGGCAGUAACCUCUGUGUCCAGGACACCAGUGAGGGACUGGGGUGACACAGCUCUCAGCCUGCCCCAAACUCAACCAAGGAAUGCAUCCUGGGGCCGGGUUAGGAAAGAAUGGAGUACGGACAAAAGAAAGAGACCAUCCGUCUCCUCUGUGCACAGUCUGGCCACCUGUAGACAGAGAUUAAUUGGGUCAGGGUGGUAAAGGGUCCCUAGAUCAAGCCAAGUGAGGCACAGCUGGACCAAGCUUGAGCUUCCUAAGAGAGCUUGUCAGAGAUGGAAAGGCCUGCUCUAGAAGGUAGUAAGCCCCUUAUGGCUGGGGCUCGGUCACGGGCUGGGCUGUCUCUUCCCUGGGCCAUAUGACCGUAUAAUCUCUUCUACCCCGAUCAUGGGGUGACUGUGUGAGCUUGGAACACGAAGUCUAGUUUUUAGCUCUUCAUGGUGAGGAAAGUGAAGAAACUUCCUAUACCCACCACUUAAUGAGAGUUAAUGUGAUGUAAUACUAUGUACCUACUAUUAAAAAUACAUGAACUGAUUGAUGCGGACACAUAUACAUACAAUAAAGCAGUAUGAAACCAGGAACGGUGCAUGGUACCCAGUGCACCCGCGAGGCAGAGCUCCAGGAGACUGUGUACAUUAGGGAUGAGGGGAGUUGGUGUCUUUUUAAAAAGCAUUUAUCUAAAACCACAUACCUACUUAGUACUAUGGAAUUAGUUUAUAACAAGAAAAUUGCCCCUCCCCUGCAUCCAGUGUGGGGCUUGGACUCACAACCCCAAGGUCACGAGUCACAUGGUCCACCCACUGAGCCAGCCAGGUGUCCCCAUUAGCUAUUUAUUUUAAAAAUAUGCUUAUAGUACUCUUGCUUGAUUUACCAUUCUAGGUACUAUCUAUUGGCUCCCGGUUGUAGAAGGUGAGGCUUUAGCUCUCCUGUGCAGUACUCUGCCCCCUUUUCUCCCUGGUUUUUAGGUAAAUCAAUACUUACUGUUUAGAUUGCUAUUCAUGUUACCAUGUGAAAGUUAUUCCCUGCAGAGCCAAAAAUUGAGAUAUAAUUAAAUUACCUUUUAAUUUUU